AUGGGCCGGGGACCACAGUGGACAAGGUGGCAUGUUUGUGGCGGCACUCACAGGAGUGCUGACGGUUUGGAUCAGACAAAUAGGUGCAUGACAAGGGCUCGUCUCACUCUGGUGCUAGCAUAG